AAUUCAUCUUUGGUAAUGAAUAAGAGCGACAGUUAUUUAUGUCAAUAAGAUUGGAAGAUACGUCGAAAAGGAUCGGAAAAAAGUCUAUGGAACGAUGUCUAACAUGUACUCAGCUGUACAUGGUGACUCAACGCAUCGCCAAAAUCCACAUAAUUUUUACCUCGGCAAUCGAAAUGAAGAAACAGUAACUAACUAUGAGCAAUACUGUAUCUACAAUUCUCGUCCUCUUCAUCCUCAAGCUGCAACACCAGGCACCAUGUUCAACCAGCGAGCUGGUUUCCCUAGCAACCCUUCAUGGUCUGUCAACAAUACAAACAUUGCAAGUACUUUGAUUGAUCAGAUCCAAGCGAAGAACAUUUUGCUCGUGAAGAACAAGGAUGUCAUGGAAAAGCAGUCGACAUACAUAGCGAAACUUGAGAAACAAUUGGACGAAAGAAAUUCUAAUGAUCUCCUGAGGAAAUUGCAGGAUCGGGAGAGAGAUGUCGAGCAUUUGCGUGCAAGACUUGAAGCUGAAACUGCUCCAAAAUACGAAGUUGAGAAAUUAAGGAGAAAUUUAGGCGAUGCCGAGUACGAAUUGGAAAAGUUUGAAAAAGUUCUUCAAGAGACUUUAAAUGAGAAGUCUGCCGAGGCAAAAAAAAUAUCAAGAUCUGAUAAAUGCGAAGGAUUUAGAACUUGAAAAAACGAAGAGAGAAAUCAAAAGACUGGCCGAAGAGAAGAGUGAACUAACGAUGAGAAUCGAGAAUCUGGACAAAUAUGUCGGGGAUUUGCCGACGUCUGACGAAUUUAGGAAGCUACGAAAUAAAUCUAAACAUUGGAAACACCUUUGUUGUAAACUUCAAGAACAGAUUAAGGAGAAUGAAGAAAAAUUUACUUCCGGUCGCAAAGAUCUUGAAGAAAAGGCUUUGAAUGCCGACAGAUUUGAAAGAGAAAACUUCGAUUUAAGACGCAUGGUGAAAAGUCUUCAGGAUAAAAUGAAGAACGACGAUGCUCACUCCAAGGCGUUGGAACUGGAACAUGUUAUGUUUGAAAAUGAAAGACUUCAGGCAGAUAUAGAAAAAAUGGAAAAGUUGAUCAAUGAAAAGCAGAGGAAACAAAAACAGUUUUAUCUUCAAUCCCAAGAAUCACAGAAGAAAUUAGAGCAACGUUUGUCGCAAGAAGAGGAUACAGUUGCCGCCUUGCGUGAAGAGAUUUCGAAGAAAGAAUUAAACAUUAGUGAACUUAAAAGUUCUAUGAAGCAAUUAUCGUCACAAUGUCAGAAUCUCGUAGAAGAAAAGUUGGACAUUAACGACAAGCUUAAAAAGAUGCAAAUCAUUAAUACCAAAGAAACCGUUGAAACUAAUAGAAAAAUAUACAAACAGUUAAGACGAAACGUAAAUAAACUAAAGGACAUAAUGAGAUUGUACCAACAGAGAAAAGAAGGAAGAGAUUUGGAAUUAUCUUUACUCUUAGGUACAGCAGAUGGUGCUUCUCCGUUUUCAAAAAAAUCAAACUACUCAAUAGGUGCUGGUGAUUCUUUAAGAAACCACGACGAACAGCUGCUCACUGAAGAAGUGAACGAACUAUCAAAAGAUAUUGACGAAUUUCAAACGUUUCUAACAGAUCAAUAUGCCGAAGAGCUAGCUAAUAAUUUAGAAGGCAACUGCACCAUGCAAUAAAACGAUAUAAAUUUCUGUACCGUUCCUUAUGUAGAAGAGAGUAUUUUGAAAUUUUCUAUUUGCUCAACAUAAAUAUACUUAAUAUAUAAUUUACUUGCGUGUUAAAUUAUUUUGUGUAAAAGGUAUUUUUCUUUGUGUAUAGAAAGUAUGUAUUUAUAUCAGAAUGUAUAUGUACACGAAAUUAAAAUAAAAACAGUUUCCUUCAAA